AUGUGGCCCCGUGUGCUCAUUUUUCUUUCCCUGGCGCUGCUCACCAAGGCACAGUCCUCCGAGACGCAGUCCUCUACGGAUGUUUCUUGCGAUCAGGAUACCCCCUGCCCUGCCGGUCAAUAUUGUCAAGUCAGCAUCUUUUCAGGCUUCACCGAGAACUACUACGAUGGGUUCUGUCAUGACCGGGGCCAGGUGGGCGAUGCCUGUCCCCAGAAUCUGAUCACCAACUGCGCGGGCGAUGGAACCUGCAAUCCCUGCUCGUACAACGCCUACUGCAGCCAUGGCUUGUGUCGGUAUACGGAUGUGGAUAAAUAUACAGCCUGCGAGUCCGAUGCAGGCUGUUCCGCCGAUAAGUUCUGCCGGAUUGUUGCUGAUGAUGAGGAAGACCUGCUCUAUUCGACCUGCGAGGUGAGGCCGCAGGUGGGCGAUUCCUGCGAGGCCAGUGAAUUACACACCAAGUGCCCUGUCGACGCCCAGUGCACGCAUGGCCUGUGUCAGUACGUCAACGCCAGUCAACAUAUCGGAUGCCGGUCGGAUGAGGAUUGUGAUGGGACAUCCUGCCGGCAGGCUUGGGGAGUCUACGACGUGCCCGACCAAGACGGCGAGGAUGAAGUCCUUCUCUAUUCUGUCUGUCAAUCCAUUCCCGAGGUUGGGGAGGCGUGUGACCCGAAAUUCACGAGACCCUGCUUCGAUGACGCAUACUGUGUGGGUGGCCGAUGCGUGCGCGAAAGCCGGCUCAAUGGUUAUUGUAACCUCGACGAUGGCUAUCUCUGCGGACGAGGGACGCUGUGUGAUGAUCGGCAGAGACGGUGUUUAUCCGAUGGAAGUAGUGGUCAAGACCCAUGUGGCAUCGUACAAGAAUGCAGCAGUGCGGCCUACUGUGAUGGCAGCAUCUGCCGCCGAAAACGAGCGGUCACAGAAACAUGCUCGUCGAAUGGUGAAUGCGAGUCUGAAACCUGCGUCCAGGGUGUCUGCGCACCCGAUUCGGGGGCAGUCAUCGUCUGCGCGUCAGAAACAGACUGUCCGGUUGUCGCUGGGCGACAGUUCUUGUGUCAGCCCAACCAGGGCGAGGCAGAUAGUGCGUUUGCCCGUGUCUGUGGACGACCCAUUACCUCGGGCUAUGGACAGCGGUGCAAGACAACGGCAGAUUGUGCGACAGAUGGCUAUUCCUGCUACAAGGGAGAUUGUAUGGAUCGCUAUAAGGUUCAAGGCAAAGCAUGCCAGAUAACCUCUGACUGUGGCGGAUCACAACGAAAGGGGAACAGCGCCGAUUUCUACUAUAUCAAGUUUGGAUUCACCUGUACAAACAAUCAGUGUGAAUGGUUCAAUAAGAAUGACGGCUGCGUCGGUAUUCUCGACAAAAUUACUGUCAAUUGUUAUGAUUAA